AUGAAUCCUGGGGUGUCCUAUAUUCUUCUUGGUAUGACGGUACGAAUGGCUUUCAGCUUGGAUCUACAGAUCGAGAGCCACCACUUUCCUCCAGUGGAACAAUACCUUCGCCGUCACGUCUGGUGUGCAGUUGCCUGGCAAGAUUCGCAUUUCAACAUAUCGUAUGAUCGACCGUCCUCAACCACAUUACUUGGAUCGGAGAUUUCUACUCUAAAAACAAGCAGACCUGGUCAUAGGGGCUACGCAGGGAGUAUGAUGUGGAUACUCAAACCGACCCAAGAACUGAUUAAAAACAGAAUAUUCCAGCUUGAAGCCAUUAUGACCACUCCAUGGAUCGUGUCUUGCAUGGAGAAAGUUGCCAGGAUAGUUGCAGACGGCGAGAUCCACCUGCCCGAUCGGAAGCAUUGUUUCAACCAGACGCAACACCUUCAGCGCUUAGGUUUGAAACUACAUUCUAGCUACAUAACCUCAGCGCUGUGUCGGUCGGCACUGACAUCAACGCGACCUUGUGCAGAUCGUCGGUCCCUUCACGAUCGCAGCACUGCUACCCGUGAAAGAGCGUCUACUCAACAGGGUGAGAUCACUCAUGCUGACAUGAGCCAAGAAUAUCUCACCAGCUUGAAACGAGUAAUCAAAACAUAUGUGGAGUUACACUCACUUUGCUUCCUUGGUGCUCGGUCUUGGGUGGAGAAAACGUUUUUCGAUACAGCAGAGCUACAGUCCCCGCCACUUGACCAAAAGAGUUCAGACCUAGGAGCUCGAAAUAGGGAAAGUAAGGAUGGCGACCGCGAUAUGGCCGACACCCCAUAUUCGGCACGGUCGAUAACGAAGUUAUUGAAAGCCUUGGGGAAGCUGAAUGCCGCGCUUGCGACUCCUGCGAAUGGUCUUACACCGCCUUACCCCGGUGCGUACAACCAAAGUGGCCCUUUGCCGUCAGUGGACUAUUCAGGACGGAUAUCGGGUUCCAGGAGUGAUCCCAGUAAUGGCGGUGGUAGCUAUGAUCCGUUAGGAAAGGGCGAGAUUGUUGUUCCUGGGAUGAUGCUGCCAAUCACUCCGGAAAGUGCUACCGCCUCAAGUGGAGACUUGAAUUUUGGCGAUAUUAUGGCGCGGGCCGGCGAGUUCGUGCAACCAGCCUUGGGGGAAUGA